AUGGCUCGUCCUAUGGAAAAAAUUAAGGACAUCAACGACACCAAAGAGUUGUGGAAAGUGGCGGUGAGAGUUUCCCAUAAAUGGAAGGUAGUCUCCAACAACAAGGAGCACUUUGAAAUGAUAUUUGAAGACAAAGAGGGUUCUGAUAUCCACGUUGUUGUUCCAACUACAUGCAUGGCCGCAUACACUGAGAAGUUUGAGGUGGACCGGACCUAUACUGUGUCUAAUUUUUCUGUGCAGCCUAAUAACUUAGUUUUCAAACCAAGUUCCCACAAGUUCUUAGUGAAAUUUACUGGAGGAACUGCUGUUGGUGAUGUUGACAAACAUAACAUACCCCCCAAACCACGCCCCUUCACCAGUUUUCCUGACAUCAUUAACGGGAACUUUCAGAAGAAUGUACUCAUUGGUAAAACUGCAUCACGAUACCAUUUCCUUUUGCAUUAUAUAGUAGCUCAAUUACUUAUGUUCUUUGUUUUCAAUAAUCCAUCAGAUGUUAUUGGUAUGCUUGAAAGUGUUGGGUAUCAACAGACGCAAAUUGGUGGGAAAAAGUUUCAGGCUAAUUUCGUACUCCGAGAUGCAAGCAACAACACCAUAAAUUGCACCCUCUGGGAAGACUAUGCUAAACAGUUUUUUAAGUUUAACGAGGACAACUCUGCGAAAACUGGGCCGAUUGUUAUUAUGAUUCAGUAUGCUAAAGUAAAAGAAGCUGGACAAUACCCUCUCUCCGUUACCAACACAUUCCAUGUUACGAAGCUUCUUAUCAACGCGGAUUUGCCGACUGUCAAGGACUUCGUUAAAACAUUCCCAAAGGAAUCGUUGCGCGUCGUUUCUACGCAACUGACCUCUCAGUCUCAACAAUACUCCCGCACAUCCACAAAUGAUAAUGUUGGACAAAGUCAUCUGCAGAAAUUGCUCAACGGGGCUAUUUCUGUACCACUCAGUGAGAUGAAGAAAAUCCGCGACGUAAAGAGGCGUAAAUCUGAAUUAUAA